GAUACGGAGACUCUUCCAAAGUUCCAAUAGACCCAUUGCACUGCAUAAAUAAAGCGACUCCAUAAGUACGAGUUUUCUCCUCCACAGCUCUCUAUCGGUUUUAUCACAAUCGGCGCAUAACGAAGCAGGGAGCUAUACCACGGUCCCUAGGGUUUCGUUGCAAUCGAUCAUGUACAGAACGGUAGCUUCACGAUUUAGGGUUCUCAAGGGCCAUGGGAUCAAUAGGGGAGCUGCCAGGUUUGCAAGUUCGGGUGCCAUGGCUACCAGAACAUCCUCUUCUGGAGGUUUCUUCAGCUGGCUUACGGGGGAACGUUCUAGUUCUCUCCCUCCUCUAGAUUUCCCUCUUCCUGGGGUUACCCUUCCACCUCCACUUCCUGAUUACGUUGAACCUGGAAAGACCAAGAUAACAACUCUCCCUAAUGGUGUCAAGAUUGCUUCAGAAACAUCAAUGAACCCUACUGCCUCCAUAGGUUUAUAUGUUGAUUGUGGUUCUGUGUAUGAAACACCCAUCUCGUUUGGGGCUACACAUCUACUGGAGAGAAUGGCAUUCAAGAGCACAGCUAACAGAAGUCACUUACGUAUUGUGCGGGAGGUUGAAGCAAUUGGGGGCAAUGUGACAGCGUCAGCUUCGCGAGAGCAAAUGGGUUACUCGUAUGAUGCUCUGAAAACAUACGUCCCUGAAAUGGUAGAACUGCUUAUUGAUUGUGUGAGGAACCCUGUAUUCCUGGAUUGGGAGGUCAAUGAACAGCUGCAGAAGGUGAAAGCUGAGAUUGCAGAAAUUUCCAACAAUCCACAGGGCUUGCUUCUGGAGGCAAUUCACUCUGCUGGUUAUUCUGGUGCACUGGCCAAUCCUCUUCUGGCACCUGAAUCUGCAUUAAACAGAUUGAAUGGUACAAUCCUGGAAGAGUUUGUUGCUGAGCACUAUUCCGCUCCACGGAUGGUUCUUGCCGCUUCCGGGGUUGAGCACGAAGAAUUGGUAUCUAUUGCAGAACCCCUGCUGUCUGAUCUUCCUAGCGUGCUUCGUCCUGAGGAGCCAAAGUCUGUGUAUGUUGGAGGCGAUUAUCGUUGCCAAGCCGACUCAGCGAAGACACAUAUUGCUCUUGCUUUUGAGGUACCUGGUGGCUGGCAUAAGGAGAAGGAAGCUAUGACUUUGACUGUGCUUCAGAUGCUUAUGGGAGGAGGUGGCUCUUUCUCAGCUGGUGGUCCUGGGAAAGGGAUGUAUUCACGGUUAUAUCUCCGUGUAUUGAAUGAAUAUCAACAAAUUCAAUCAUUUUCUGCAUUCAACAGCAUCUACAAUAAUACUGGAAUCUUUGGAAUCCAUGCUACCACUGGCUCUGAGUUCGUAUCAGAAGCUGUUGAUUUAGCAGCAAGAGAACUUCUUUCAGUAGCAACCCCUGGACAAGUUGAUCAGGUACAGCUAGAUCGUGCCAAAGAAUCGACAAAGUCUGCUGUUCUUAUGAACCUAGAAUCUAGGAUGGUUGCAUCAGAAGAUAUAGGGAGACAAAUUUUGACAUAUGGAGAGAGAAAGCCUGUAGAGCAUUUCUUGAAGGCUGUAGAUGAAGUAACUUUGAAGGAUAUUUCCACCAUUGCCCAGAAGCUUGUUUCAUCACCUCUGACAAUGGCAUCCUGGGGAGAUGUUAUUAAUGUUCCCAGCUACGAGGCAGUGAGCAGGAAGUUCCAUUCCAAGUAGGAGGGUGACCGUUGUAACGUAACAAGCCGUGAUGUUACCUGGCGAUUCAUCUACUUUGUGCAAUUUUGGAGGUUAUAUACAUGAUUUCAACCGCCCCUUCACAUGGUGAUACUUGUUGAAAAUAAAUUUCUCUUGGAUAUUUAAAGGAAGAUUAAUUUUGGAUCAAUAAAAUUGGUGAUCCUGUGCAGUAGCUCUGACGCUCAAUAUUUGUGAUUUGGUUUGGAGAAGUUGGAUCAUCAAAUUCCUCCGGUCUCGAAUGAGUAGGGGAUGGUAAUUGUAAUUCUUAAUUUCCAUGAUUGGGAGCAAGAGUCCUGUUUGUCUUUUUUAUCCCUUUGAGUUUUUAAAGUUCUUGAAGCAGGGAUUGAUCAA